ACCGCGGGCGAGAGUCAGGGCGGAACAGAAGUUGCACGCCAAGGCGCGCAGCGGAGGACUCCUGAGAAGGGUUCUAAGCAGGCUGACAGUUUCCGGUUUCAGACGCGGACCUCGCAGUUGUGGGAGAUUAAGGACUGCAGGUGCCAUGCAUCCUUUACAGCGUGUCUUCCGAGCACAGAGGCUAUCAGCACCAUUGACCUCCAUGUGCUGGGUGUUGCUUAGGACCUUCAGGGCACAUAACAGCACUUCCUGUCCUGAUCCAGAGGGGAAGAGCUCAGAAGGAGUUCAGAAGGAUUUCAGCUCCAGGCUAGCCACUGGACCGACUUUUCAGCAUUUUUUAAGAAGUGCUUCAGUUCCUCAAGAGAAACCAUCUUCUCCAGAAGUGGAGGACCCACCUCCCUAUCUCUCAGGGGAUGAACUUCUAGGAAGGCAGAGAAAGGUCUACCUCGAGACCUAUGGCUGUCAGAUGAAUGUGAAUGACACAGAGAUAGCCUGGUCCAUUUUACAGAAGAGCGGCUACUUGCGGACCAGCAACCUUCAAGAGGCCGAUGUGAUCCUUCUUGUCACGUGUUCUAUCAGGGAGAAGGCUGAGCAGACCAUCUGGAACCGUUUACAUCAGCUAAAAGUCCUGAAGGCAAAGCGACCACGCUCCCGGGUACCUCUGAGGAUUGGGAUUCUAGGCUGCAUGGCUGAGAGACUGAAGGGAGAGAUCCUCAACAGGGAGAAAAUGGUAGAUCUUUUGGCUGGUCCAGAUGCCUAUCGAGACCUUCCCCGGCUGCUGGCCGUUGUGGAGUCAGGUCAGCAAGCAGCAAAUGUGCUUCUCUCUCUGGAUGAGACCUACGCGGAUAUCAUGCCAGUCCAAACGAGCCCCAGUGCCACUUCUGCCUUCGUGUCAAUCAUGCGGGGCUGCGACAAUAUGUGCAGUUACUGUAUCGUUCCUUUCACUCGGGGCAGGGAGAGGAGUCGGCCAGUUGCCUCCAUUCUAGAUGAAGUGAGGAAGCUCUCUGAGCAGGGGCUAAAAGAAGUGACACUUCUAGGUCAGAAUGUUAAUAGUUUUCGGGACAAUUCAGAAGUCCAGUUCAGUAGUACAGGGUCUGCCAACCUCAGCCGUGGCUUUACUACCAACUAUAAACCCAAACAAGGAGGGCUUCGUUUUUCUCACCUUCUGGAUCAGGUUUCAAGAAUAGAUCCUGAAAUGAGGAUUCGUUUCACCUCUCCUCACCCCAAGGAUUUUCCCGAUGAGGUUCUACAGCUGAUUCGUGAGAGACACAACAUCUGUAAGCAGAUCCACCUGCCAGCCCAGAGUGGGAGCAGCCGUGUACUGGAGGCCAUGCGGAGAGGAUAUUCAAGAGAAGCAUACGUGGCUUUGGUUCAUCAUAUCAGGGAGGCUAUCCCAGGUGUGGGCCUCAGCAGCGACUUCAUCACUGGCUUCUGUGGAGAGACAGAGGACGAUCACCUGCAGACAGUGUCUUUACUUCGAGAAGUUCAGUACAAUACUGGUUUUCUCUUUGCAUACAGCAUGAGGCAAAAGACACGAGCAUAUCAUAGGCUGAAGGAUGACGUUCCAGAAGAAGUAAAAUUAAGGCGUUUGGAGGAACUUAUUACUGUCUUCCGAGAAGAAGCUUCAAAAGUCAAUGCGACCUCAGUGGGUUGUACCCAGCUGGUAUUGGUUGAAGGGUUCAGCAAGCGUUCUACCACAGACCUGUGUGGCCGAAAUGAUGCAAACCUUAAGGUGAUUUUCCCUGAUGCCGAGGUGGAGGAUAUCACUGACCCUGGGCUCAAGGUCAGAGCUCAGCCUGGGGACUAUGUGCUGGUGAAGGAACCAGGGAGGCUGUGGAGAGAAGAAAAAGGGGUAUUUUUCUUUCAUUGUGCCAGAAACCCUUAAGAAAAAGCAAAGGAAUUGCGCAGAGUUGGAGGUGGAGCGCCUGAGGAAGAAGUUUGCCCUGAAGACUCUGCGAAAGGCAAGGAGGAAGCUCAUCUAGGAGAAGGCAAAGCACGCUCGUUCGCUCACAGGGAGUGCAGGCAGACGGACCGGACUGAGAUUCGCAUGGCGAGGAGCUGGGAACGUCUUUGUGCCCACAGAACCAGACUUGGCCUUUGUCACCAGACUCCGAGGUGUCAGUGGAGUAAGCCCAAAGGUGCGCCAGGUGUUGCAGCUGCUUCGUCCUCAGCAGAUCCUCCAUGGCACCUUUGUUAAGCUCAACAGGGCUUCAGUGAACAUGCUGAGGACUGUGGAGCCGUACAUUGCAUGGAGGUACCCCAGCCUGAAGUCAGUAAAUGAGCUCAUCUACAAGCGAGGCUAUGGCAAAAUCAAUAAAAAGCGCAUUGCCUUGACAGAUAACUCCUUGAUUGCUCGAUCUCUUGGUAAAUUUGGCAUCAUCUGCAUGGAGGAUCUAAUUCAGGAGAUCUAUACAGCUGGGGAAUGGAAAGGAAGCAAAUAACUUCCCAUGGCCCUUCAAACUAUCUUCCCCACGAGGUGGAAUGAAGAACAAGACAACACACUUUGUAGAAGGUGGAGAUGCUGCCAUCAGGGAAGACCAGAUAGACAGGCUUGUUAGACGAUGAACUAAGGUGUCUCCCGUGGUAUUUUAUAAUCUGGUCAGUUAAUAAACAGUCACAGCUUGACAAAAAAAUUCAAUAACUUGUAACUACAAUUGACUUUGUUAUUAUAAGUAAGACAUAGUGAAGCCACGAACUAGACCACUACCUGAGUAGAAAGGAAGGUUUACUAGGGAAUUAAAAACUGCCAGGCUGUCUCUUGAGAGACGGAGAGAGAACCUCAUGGUGGAAAAAGCCUUGCCAGUUUCCUGGAAUGCGGGUUGUGGUGGGAGUGAGUGUGUAAGUCAGAGCAGCUUGGUGAGUAGUGUCAGGAGGUGGGGCUCAGUCAGAGCCAACUGUGUAAGUCACAAUAGCCUGGGAAAUUUGAUCUGUUGUGAGCUGUCUGAGUAACAGGGGACUAGAGGCAGGUAAGGGAAGUAAUGGCUUUUCUGAUGGCCAGAAACAUGCUUCCCAUGGUUUUUGAGGAAUGGCGAGUUUGGGUUAUGUUUGUCUGCUAGCACUCCCUCUGUGUACCCUGUCAGAGUCCCACCCAAGCUGGACACUAUCGGCAGCGCUGCCUCUUUGGGGCCAUUUUGGACUUGGCAGCUCUCACCAUGCCCAUGUUAAGUUUUUUCUCACCAUCUUUCCAUAGUGCACUUCACUCCUCUCUGUCCUCCUCUGUUCCCAAUAUGGAGCACUCCUUACUUGACCAUAUGAAAUCUUCCUCAAUCAAAAGCAUUUCUCUUUUCUGUAACCUGCUUUACUGAAAAUGCACUUAAAAUAUACUUUCUAUAUUUAACUCCUUUGUAGCUUUUUAAAUUGAAUGGCUUUUGCAUCAAGCAUUAUUUAUAAUAGUCACAAUCACAGGCAUGUAUGGUGAUCAUUUAAAUACACUGUAAAAGAGAAGUUACUUUGAUGAUCUAAUCAAACACAUGGGAUUAUUUGAAAAUUUUAAGAUGUCAUGGUAUAUCUUUGACUAGGUUGUAUAGUUUUUGUUUUUGUUUUAUGUAUUUAUUUGUUGUUGUUUUGGUUGAGAGAGACUCUUACUAUGUAGCUCUGGCUGUCCUCUCACUAAUGUAGACCAGUCUGGCCUUGAACACACUGAGAUCCCACUAGUGCUGGGAUUAAAGGCCUGUGCUACCAUAUCUGGCAUUUGUUUAGUGUCAAAAGUAAAAUUACCUUAAAGUGCUUGUGUAUAUAGACAUACCAAUGUCUAUACAUUUAUACUAUAUACAUGUAUAAAUGUCUAUACAUGUCUUAGAGUCAUAUUGCUGUGAACAGACACCAUGACCAAUGUAAGUUUUAUAAAGGACAGCAUUUAAUUACAGGUUCAGAGGUUCAGUCCAUUAUUAUCAAGGCAGGAGCAUGGCAGCAUCACAGCAUCCAGGCAGGCUGAGUUCUACAUCUUCACCCAAAGGAAGCCAGGAACAGACUGAGCCUCCUCAGGCAGCUAGGAGGAGGGUCUCCAAGCCCACCCCCCCACAGUGACACACUUCCUCCAACAAGGCCACACUUUCUAAUGGUGCCACUCCCUGGCCAAGCAUAUGCAAACCAUCACACACACACACACACACACACACACACACACACACACACACACACACACAUCUUAAAAAAUGAGUGAUAAUGGCUUAAAUCAAUUAUGCAGUGCCUCAAUCUUAUUUAGCUUUUGAACACAAAAUGACAGACAGUUCACAUAGACAGAUUCUAUAAAGCCCUUAGUGAUGUGUUUUUUCUUUUUUAAAUAAAACCAAUGUUUUUAUAAAGCUAUGUUUUAUAGAGCAUGAUGUGGUGUGGUGGGAGGAGGUACCUCAGCAGGUCCAUGGUGAGGCAUCCCUUUCUCCUAGGUACCAGCCAUACGAUUGAUGUAGUAUAGAAUAGAGUUUAUUUGGGGGUAUGAGAAGGGAAGCUGAGAAGGGAGUAGAGGCAGAGAAAGAGAGGGGAUAUGGAGAGAGAGAGAGAGAGAGAG